CCUUCUCUACAAGUUUGUCCCUUUUUUAGCGAACUUUUUAAGAACCAGGUCACAAUGAGCGACAGCGAUGGAAAUGAUAGUUUCUGCUCCGCAUUCGAAGCCAUUUCAAUCAACAUUCGAUUCCCACUCAGCCACGAUGAACUGGAAAGCCUUGAUAAAAAACUAACUCGCAUUGUUUACAUCCAGCAAACAGAUGCAAGUUAUCAUAGGGCUUUGAAUGAUAUCAAGGAUCAACCGUCUAUAUCCUUAAUGAUAGAGCCUAGUUUUUACGGACGCCAUCAGGCCACUUCCGUUUUGGCUGUGGCCACGGCCAAUGAAACCUACAUCCUGGACAUCAAAGCCCUUGGUUCCAUUUUUCCGGAAAUGGCCAAGAUUCUGGAGGCGGAUCAGCCCCGAAAAAUUGUGCACUAUAGCCAUCGCGUUUCCGAUCAUUUCCGGUACAAACACGGAAUUGUGUUGGCCGGAGUUAGCGACUCCUUUGUGGCUUUGUGCCUGGCCCGCCAGGAAAAAUCGCCGUGCUCCUUGCCGGAGGCUAUAUCCCUCGUGUUCGGACUGCCGGUGGAGGACCUCCUAUGUGAGGAGGUGAUCGGAGCCAGUGAAUCGCGGAGGAACUUCACGGCACGGCCACUGACCCAGAGUCAACUGAGGUACUUGGCCAGGAUGGUCCAACUGCAGCACAGGAUGCACGAUCGCUUGAUUUUUAACAGUAUUUGUGCCCAGGUGCAGCGCAUGUCGAUGGAGUUCAGCAGGAACUUCUUGGGCUUUCAGUCCUCGGAUGUGGCUCUAAAUAUGGGCCCCGGCAGUCGCUUUGGGUUCCACCUAAUAGAUUCCUGCUACAAACUGACCGCUGAGGGAACCACUCUUCCCACGCCCGAGGAUAUCGACCACCACGAACUUGAACAGCGAAGAGGUCGCAAGUGAAUGGACCACUUACUGAAGAAUGUGGUUAUGCUGGAUGCAGGAGAAUCCGGUUAAGGAAGAGUAUCCCUUGGAGGAGCCCGAUCCGGUGGAGGAGGAGAUAUGCUAUCAUUUGGCUGGGCCACCUAAAGUCUGUUCCAAAUGCAUCAGAGCUUUUCCAAC